AAUGUUGACGACAACCGCAACCCCAGCUAUCAAGUGGCAGUAGCAUGCGUGGACAAGGGCAGUCCACCCCUCAAAUCUACGGCACACCUUCUCGUUAGAAUUCAAGACCGAAACGACAACGCCCCAAUUUUUGACCCGCCCUCCUACGCAUUCUUCAUCCAUGAAAACAACCGCCCCGGCCUACCCAUCCUCACCGUCACAGCCACCGACAGCGAUCAGCCCAACCACCCCAACUCCAAAAUCGUCUACAGUCUACCGGAUGGCGAACUGUCUCGCGACCACAUCGCCAUCGAUCCUCACUCAGGUACAGUCUCGGCCAAGAUAAGUCUAGAUCGCGAGCACAACAGCAGCUAC